AUGGAAGACCACCUAUUUCAACGGACCAAGGACGACGAAAGGGCGGCGCCUUCUGUUGAAGAUAUUGCCUUCCUGAACAUUAUGGAACUGGGGCUGAGAAAGACAAAGACAACAGUUGGGUCGCUCCUCUACCCUUUAGAUCCCCCCCAACGUCGUCUCUCCUAUAACAGGAAACUGGCAGAGAGUCGACUUUCUUCACCGAGACGUAGCCUCGAUAAGAAACCUGCGAUACAAAGACCCUUUACACAAAUGCACAAAAUCUGGUCUUCAUGGAGAGACUCCUUGGAAGCGCUAAACGAGGUCCGAAUCCCUAGGGCCUUCACAAACAUACCACUCUCAAAAGCAGUACAUAAAGAGCUGCACAUCUUUUCCGAUGCAUCGACCAAAGCCAUCGCUGCAGUGGCCUAUCUCAAGGUCACCGACGAUAAAGGAAACAACCAAAUUGGCUUCGUCACAUGGAAAGCGAAACUUGCCCCACGACCCGAACAUUCAGUUCCCAGACUGGAGCUCUGUGCCGCCCUCCUGGCAACCGAACUGAGUGAACUAAACACCUCCUCAGACCCGUUGCCAGGAUUGUCCUUCUCUGUGACGAGAACUAGCACAUUCCUUGACGUCCAAGACGUCAGGCGGGGAGUGUUCUGUUCUGUGUACAACAGACCUACUAGCACCCAUCUCCCUUUAUCGGCCCCUUUGCUUGGGGGCUUCUUUCUGACCCUACACCGGUUGAAGGUUCCCGGUGCUCAGCCUCUAUCUAGUUUAGCUGCCCCCAGCACGGCCACAUGGCAUGCCCUCAGCUUGGCCGCAUGCCAUAGUUUUCAUCCUUUAAAUAUCUCGUCAUUCUUGGACAUCUCCGGUAAGAACUAUCGCCUUUCUUCCUUCCUAUUAUGGAAUUAUUUAAUGCAAGCAUUAUUUUUUAGUAUCAUUUCCUUCCUUAAACGAACUUUGUUUACCUUCUCACCACGUGCGGAACCGCCAUCUUUCCUCUCGGAACUUGACUGUUACUCAGCAUAA